CUCCGCCCUGCAUGUGUUUGUGUGUUGUCGGGGCCUCCGGCUGCAUAGUCCACAUUUCCCAGGCGCAUCAUCAGAGCUGACGUGGGCUCUACGUGUGUAGCGAGUCGGGCUUCCUCUUCACCCGUAACGAGUGACGAGACUCUACGUAAAACUCUGGCCGAUCGCCAUGGAAACUGCAACCAUAGCGCAACAGGAAGCCAGUGCAACUGAGAAAGUAACAAGUGAUAUACAGUCAGACUCUGACUCACUCACACAGGUGAAUGAGGGUGUAACUGUGGUGUCAUUACCUGAUGGACAGACACUACAUGUGCAGGGAGUCAUUCAGACAACACAGCCCUCUGUUAUACAGUCACCUCAGAUACAAACUGUGCAGGUAGCUGCUGAUACUGGCGGCCCAGGUACAACACCAUCAGACUCUCAGAAGAGGAGGGAGAUUCUGUCCAGACGCCCAUCUUACAGGAAAAUUCUUAAUGAGUUGUCAUCAGAUGUACCUGCUGUGCCAAAGAUUGAGGAAGAGGAGAAAGUUGAGGAAGAAGCCCCGCCCACCUCUAGUGUUGCUACAGUGACGGCACCAUCUUCAAUCUAUCAGACCAGCUCAGGGCAAUACAUUGCAAUCACUCAGGGUGGAGCGAUACAGCUGGCCGGCCCUGGAGGAGAGGCUUUGCAAGGGGUUCAGGCUCUGACUCUUCCCAGCCCCGCCACACCCCAGCCUGGGGCCACUAUCCUGCAGUACGGCCCCCAGCCUGGAGACCCUGGCCAACAGCUACUGCUAACCGCUGGACAGGUGCUCGUUCAGGCUGCCACAGGAGACAUGCCAGCAUAUCAGAUCCGCUCCCCGUCGUCCGGGUUACCACCAGGCGUCGUUAUGGCAGCAUCGCCGGGGGCGAUGCACAGCCCACAGCCAAACGCAGAGGAGGCCACACGCAAGAGGGAAGUCCGCCUGAUGAAGAACAGGGAGGCGGCGCGCGAGUGUCGCAGAAAGAAGAAAGAAUAUGUCAAGUGUUUGGAGAAUCGUGUCGCUGUGCUGGAAAACCAGAACAAGACUCUCAUAGAGGAGCUCAAAGCUCUCAAAGACAUCUACUGCCACAAGCCAGAAUAACCCUCACAAACACUGCGCAAGGACUGUGUGAUUCACAAACCACCCCGUCUCUUCUCUUCUUCUGUCGCAUCGCCUGGAUUUGAUCGUUUUUGUUCGUUUGUUUGGCCAAAUGUUUUUAUAAGAAGUUGCUAACGUUGCUUUGAGGAUGCUGAGGUCUACUGCUACCUGCAUUUUAUCCUCACACACACACACACACACUUUAAGAUGGCCGUAUAUUAUUGCUGUUCUCUAUGUUUCAAAAAAACUGGAACUCUUCAUUGAUAUGUGUGGAAAAAUGUAUACGUUAUACUUGAAGUUGAAAUCAGAAAAAGAAAGUUCAUUAAGUAGAUGGCGUAAGCAGCCAUGUUAACCGAUUGCACACUGCGCACAUAAGCAGCAUGUUAAACAGUUUCUUCCAAUGCACAGAAUAUAGUAGUAAAUAUGGAGAAAAUACACUAAACCCAUUUGAAGCGACAUAAAAUAAUGGAGUGAUAUACUCAUUGUUUGAUGCAGGUUACAUUUGCAGUGACAGUUUCUGUUCAGCAAGUCUGACUGAAUUCAGGUGAUUUAAGCAGUCUGCCAUAAUUUCCAUUUUGGAUGUGAACUGGGUCCUUUUCCUUAAAUUAGAUUUCAAUCACGUUUGUACAAUUUAAUAUUUAUAUUUAUAAUUUAUAGUUGUUAAUAAAGAAAAUACUUAAUGUAGUACCCCAGAAAUAUAUAUUUUCUGUAUAGAUCCGCAGAUUCAGUUCAUGCUGUUUAUGUGUUCAGUGUGAAACACAUCUAAUACAGACUACAACACAAGUUUCCACAUAGUAGUUUUUAUAUAGGUGAAAUUAUGUGUGUGUGUUAGAUGGAUUGAACUGUUUAAUUUGUUUAUUAGCAGUCAUAAGAGCUCAUGGCUGAAUGUAACAGUGACCCACAACUUCAAGAAAUGUGACAUAAUGUUCUUAAAGGGAUAGUUCACCCAAAAAAUGUUGUAUGCUUUUUCUUUCUUAUGUGGAACACAAAUGAUGAUGUUUUAAAAAAUGUCUUGUUGUUGUUGUUACUGUUUUUUUUUUUGACCACACAAUGAAAGUCAGUGGUGUCCGGUGUUGUUUUGGAACCCAUUGUCUUUCAUUGUGUAGAUAAAACCAGUUCUUAAAAAUAUCUUUUGUUUUCCACAGAAGAAUGUUUUGAAUGGCAUGAGGAUGAGUAAAUGAUGACAGAAUUUUCAUUUUGAGGUUAACUCCCUUUAUUUCUAUUAUAUCACACAGAUUUACUUUUAUUCAUUCAGCACACUUUUAUUCAAAGUAAGAAAAAUACAAGUAUAAGCACCUCUGUCAAUUGCCUCAUGUUGGAGCUGUAAUAUGGAGUGUAAUAUUUUUAGUUAAAAUACUUUAUACCAUCUUAAUAUGCAGACAAACUAUAAAUUAGCCAUUUGUAGGUUGAUUGCUCUGUUUGUUUGAGCAUCACAACAUUGGCUCAACCAAUGGAGUGAGUUUAAGGCGGAGCUACCUGUUUGAAAUGUUCAUUUUUGCUAAUCUGUUUUGUGAUGCUAGAGGCUGAGAAAUUACACACUUCAGCUUUAAUGCUUUGUUUAUCUGUGCUCCAAUUCAUAAAAUGUGAGGAACAGUACAGUUUGCAUGGUGAAGUAAGGAAAAUGGUGUAACUAUGAAUUGUGAACAUGUUACUUACCUGUAGGUGAACGUCACAAAUAUUGCUUUUGAUGUAAUAUUGUAUAUUAUUUUAAAUCUCAGUAAUGAAUUUCUCUUUCAUUGUUUAUUAUAAUAUUAGAAGUGAAGUAUAAAAGUAAAGAGCCAUUUAUGAGUAAUAAGAGUGCAGAUUCUCGAAGUCAGGUGACAUUAACUCUGAACAGAAUUCCUCAUAUUUCAGCUGUUAGGAUGCCAGUGUGUGUGUGUGUAUCUUCUGUUUCUCAGACUGCUAGUCAUCAUGACUUCAUCUUCACUUACAGCCAAUCACGUUUCUGUGUUUCGAUGCUGUACUAUUUUAUGAAGUCUGGUCAGAAAAUGGAUUUGGUUUAAUAUUUAAAUGGCUUAUGUUUAAAUUAACCUCUCAAUUAGACUCUUCAGAUUGAUGUUAAUAUAACAGAUUGUAUGCCCUGCCUUUCUUUAACACUGUACAGAACGCUGACAUUUAUUUUUAAUAAAAUAUUUUUGUAAAUGUA